AUGGAUUCUCACAAUGUAUCUGGAUACCGCAAUGACCUAUUCGAUGACUUGGGUUAUAUAUCUGAGCGAGGAAUCGAAGACGAUUUUGAAGAUAAUUUUGUCAUCAGCCAACGGCGUUAUAAGGAACGUGCGGCCGCUGCGUUUACCGAAGAUCUGGCGGAAUUGAGGCGUAAACGAAGGGACAUGCAGGAUCGUAUCUUCGAUGUCAUCGACUUGAAUGCAGAAAUCGAGAAAGCUAGAAAUACUCUCGAACAAGCGGAUAUUGCUUUUCAACAACACGCAACAAAAUUCGAUAAUACAGAUACCUGCGAUGACACCAGAUUAAAAAAAUUCCCUAAUAUGGAAAUUUUAACAGAAAAACCACGGCCGAAAACUAUAAAAUUUAUAAAAGUCCCUAAUAUUGAUAUAGAAUCGUGUAUGCCACAACCUAUAAAAUCAAGAAGAGACAAAAUCAAUUCAAUAAUGGAACCAAAUGAAAUUGCAAAUCCAUUAAAUACCAUUGCAUUGCUACCGUUAAAAAGGAAAUUCUCAAAUAAAAAGAAAAGUGUUUCGUUUUAA